AUGGAGAGAGAAGGGACGAGUAGAAAGGAGAAAAAAGUUUGGCAAGUGAAGGAAGAUAGAAAGGAAACCGGAGAAGAAGAGAAUCCAUGGACCGACGUACUAGUGAGAGGUGGCAAUCAAUAUACGAGUGAAAAAGCAACAACCUUCUAUGUGACGAAUUUACCAGAAUGGACUACAGGAAGAGACUUAUGGGUUGAAUGUCAGCCUUGCGGAGUCAUAUGCGAUGCAGUUGUUCCGAAGAGAAGAGACUAUGCAGGGAGGGUGUUCGGCUUUGUCAGGUUCAAGAGAAUAAAGGAUCAAAACAAACUACUGCAAGCAUUGAAUAAUGUGUGGAUAGGGAACAAAAAGAUAAAAGUCAAUGUGUCCAAGUUUUUGAAGGAACAAAAAAAAGAGGAUAAAGGAAAGAAGGGGCAAUACUACGAAGGUCCAGGAUAUAAUACAAAAGGAAGAGGAGAAACGGAGAACAGACAAUUGAAAGACAAUUAUGGGAAAGAAAACAAAAGCUACAAACCCAUCAACUUUAACAAAGAACAGGUCUCUUAUAUGGAUAUACUGACUGGGAAUAAGAAAUACGAAGGUUUAGGAAAAAAGAUCCAGUUUUCAGGAGAAGAGACGGAAUUGAGCAAAGUACUAAAGAAGAGGUCGUUGAUUGCAGAGGUUAGAGAUAUGGAAAGGUUGAAAACAUUGGGAGAAGCAUUACAGGAAAUUUUUCCUAAUACAAUGGAUAUUAGAUACUUGGGGGGAGUGAAAUUCCUAAUUACGUUUGGCUCACAGGCAGAAGCAGAGGAUUUCAGAAUCAGCUUCAAGGAAAGUCAGGAAGAAUUGUUUUCAGAGGUAUGGGAAUGGAAAGGAGAACCAAUAAAUUUUGAAAGACUAGCGUGGAUCAAAGUGGUCGGUAUUCCAAUAAUGUUGUGGAGCAGAUAG